AUCACGGUUCUUUUAUACCUUAAUUUCUCAAUUUUCAUGUCAAAGGAAUCCUUUACCUGCUUGAUUUCUAGCUCCUGGUAAAAGUUUCAGAUUUUUCACUGUCACUUGGUGUCAAGUUUCUGAUGAACACUUGAAGGUAAGACUCGGUGAAUACAAGAUAGAAACAGAGGAGAUGAAGAGAAAGACUUUCACGUUAUUGAAUUGAUGAUUUAAUACAACUUACAGAAUGUAUUUAUAGAGAUAAAAGAAAAUAACAGAAAAAUAACUAACUUUUUAUAUCUUUUCCUACUUAACCCGUGCUUCUCUAGACUUUAAUUCCAUUUGCUCAAUUUGUGAAUCUAUACUCCAACACUUAGGAUGGUGCAGUUAAUGAAUGGUCUCUAAUAAAAGCUUCCAAGGAAUGGAUUCGAGAGACGAAUUUAAGUUUUGGCAGUCUCAACCAGCAACCUUGGAUCCUCAUCAAUCCAUACGGUUAGUUUCAUGGUAGUUUGAAGUCAUUGCUAAGCUUCUUGCAUUUGACAGCAGGAAUGAGGGCAAGAAGCCAAACUGUUGACUCCAAUAAUCCCAUUUGAAUUCAGUAUAACUUGCUGGGAAUGAAAUCCAUAAAAGUUCAAUUGAUUCUUGAGUGCUUGCGAGAAAAAGACACAUUUUAGUUGCUUUGAAGAAGGAAAAGAAGCUCAUUUGAUAUGAGUGGAUAAAACAAGGUCAGAUGAGUACUGUAGAGUUACCCUGUUUUUGUCUACGAAUCUGUAAUUAUUGGUACUGGUAUACCAUGCAUCGUGUGCAUGGCACUGACUGUGGCUGUGAUCUUAGGUACUUUUCCGCCUCUGUACUUUUUGCUUAUUCUUCAUCUUUUCCCCUUCUUCUUGGCAGUCAUUAUCUUGGACUAUAUUUUUCAUGAGUUUUGCUAGGGACAAGUAAAAUUGUAUACUAAUCUGCAUAUAAAUAUUAAUUCCUUUAUAUUUAAAAUUUAAAUUAGCACCGUUUAUAAUAAAAUCUACUUUUUAACCAAUCACAUUAGAUUAGUGUAUAUAUUAAUGCACAUUUAUGCUUACAACUAGAUUUUUCCAUCUUUCGUUUUUUAAAGUACGUCGCCCUCUGUUUCACCCUUGAGCUCAGAGGAAAAAAGAUUAGGCUGUAGUAGAUUGCUGAGAAUACUUUGACAGUCAUAAAUUAAGUAAUACUAUUUUUCAAUUUAAAUUUUAUGAUCCCAGUCACAUUAGUUGCUGUUUAUGUUACAUUUAAGUAGUUUCCUAAAUUGAUUACUUAAAUAAAACAUGAAAAACAACAUUUUUCAUAACCCUCUUUCCAGAACAGAAACUGCAUGCCCUGCUUGCUUGAGUACAAUGAAUCUGGCAUCGGGUCCAAGUUGGUGGAUGUUAACCUGAAGGUCACAUUCAGUUUUAGGGUGUCUCAACUCAUUUUUACGUUGUUGACCAUGCUGCAAUGCGUGUGUUCUGAUGUUUUGCCGUUUUGGGAGUGGGAGCUUCUCUUGGUGCAUUUCCAUCUGCAUCGGGGAAGAGACAUGGAGAGGUGCAGAGUACUUGCUUAAUUUUUGGUGGUGGUUGAAAUUUCCUUCUCAUCCUUCCUAGUUUAAGUCAUAUAUUGCGUUAAUUGGAGUGUAAGAUGAAUUAUUUGGUACAACUCUUCUCUCUCUCUCUCUCUCUCUCUCUCUCUCUCUCUCUCUCUCGGUUAAAACUUCAAAAACUAGAUUAUCCCAUCCCCAGGGAUAUUUGUUCUGUUUACUUAACUAGACCCAAAAAUAAAAAUAAAAAGGAAAAAGAAGAAAAAUCCAGCCCCGGGAGCAUUUAUUUAAUCCGGCAGGGAGAAGCGCGUUGUGUCUUGGGUUGGCAGAGGUUGGCUUCUUGGGGAUUGGCACUACUUGAUGUGGGUUAACAUAAAACAUCAAGUUUGACUGCUACAACAUGAGCAGUAGUUGGUCAACUGCCCUGCCAAUUAUCUUAAUUAAGCACUCUUCUCAGAAGGAGUCCCAUUCCCCGCUCAGCUCUCUCUCCCUCUCCCCUAAAUAAAAGGAACAACUAAUCUUGAUUGUUGAUCAAAGACUAUGAUUUUCUACGAUUAGGAGAAUAAUGUCUCUCCUGGUCAAUGCAAUGCAUGUAGAUAAUGUAGAUCUCAACAUAAUGGAAUCUGUUUAUUUUAUUUUUUAUCUUUCUCAUAGUUGAGAAGUAAUAUUAGACAAAUAACCGUCGGAAAACCAAUAAAAUUAACUAAUUAUACUAUUCUAAGAAAGCCUAAUUAUUUAUCAAUAGUUAUCUCCAAUGUUUGUUGCAAUACUACCUAGAUUUAGCCAUCUCGUGUACAUGCCCUUCGGAUAUAAUUUCUCAAAAUUCCCGACAAGGUGAUCAACAAAAGAUAAUACUCAAAUCUGAUAAAGAAAAGCUUCUGGAUAUGAAGGCCUUUACUCUUUUCUUAGUCCUUGCUAUUGCAGCAACUCUUGCUCCUUCAAUUCUGGCCAAGGAGUUCUUGGUUGGUGACAGCACGGGUUGGACCAUCAACUACGAUUACGAAAGCUGGGCAAAGGGAAAGGAGUUCCAUGUCGGUGACAAACUUGUUUUUAAGUACCCGAAAGGAAUCCACAACGUCAUCCGAGUUGAUAAUGCUACUGCUUACGAGAAAUGUUUGGUAACUACUGAAACUGAAGCCCUGAGCAGUGGAAACGAUGUAAUAACCCUUACAACCCCAGGAAAAACAUGGUACAUUUGUGGGGUUAUCAGGCAUUGUGCAGAAGGAGAACAGAAGAUUGCCAUUGAAGUGUUGCCUAAAAAACUGUCUUCCGGAUCAGGACCUUCUCCCAGUACUACUUCUGCAUCCAAGGGAUCAUCUUUUGCACCCACGCAUCAUGAUGGCUGGAUGAUUGCAAUUUUUGGCAUCCUUGUGAUGAUCAUCAUAGUUUAAAUUAAUGUUGUAGCAUUUCAGUUAAAUCCCUUGUGCACAUGAUAUUCAAGCAUUUUGGAAUUGGAUCCAAGGGUUGUAUUUGUAUUGGAGUUGGAAGUAAGAUUUAUCGAUUACUACGUUUUGA